CUUCUCAAAGAGAACAUCGUGUUGCUCGUGAUCCGUUACAAACGUUCCCCAAUAAAAUCUAACCAUGUCUGGCCGUGGAAAGGGAGGAAAGGUAAAGGGAAAGGCAAAGUCCCGUUCCAACCGUGCCGGUCUUCAGUUCCCCGUUGGCCGUAUUCAUCGUCUCCUGCGCAAGGGUAACUAUGCCGAGCGCGUCGGUGCCGGAGCGCCCGUGUAUCUGGCAGCCGUCAUGGAGUACUUGGCCGCUGAAGUGCUUGAGUUGGCCGGAAACGCUGCCCGUGACAACAAGAAGACGCGCAUCAUCCCGCGUCAUCUGCAGCUGGCCAUCCGCAACGACGAGGAGUUGAACAAGCUGCUGUCCGGAGUAACCAUCGCUCAGGGUGGUGUGCUGCCCAACAUUCAGGCCGUGCUGCUGCCCAAGAAGACCGAAAAGAAGGCUUAAACUGUGUAACAAAGCCUCCUUCAUCUCAAACCCAAAACCGUCCUUUUCAGGGCGACAAAUAACUUUGCCAAAGACAUUUUAUUCGAUUUAUGCUGAUAUGGGACAACCAGAAGUAAGAACAUUUUCUAAUAUAGAACGGUGCUUGAAAGUGUGCACAAAAUAUAAAUGAAAAAAUGUGCCUCCUUUGGGCACAAAAAGCAUCAUUUACUGUUUUCAAUUCUCUAACCCUGCGAAUUAUGUAAAAUGCAGCAUAUCAGAAGCGAUGUGUUAAAUUUUCCAGGUAGCUUUGUCAAGAGGGUUGGUUUUACCAUAACAAAUGCAAGCAGUGAUACCUGUGUGUUAACCUUUUUUUCUGGAAACGGUAAAGGACACGUUUACCUGAUUCAUCGUUAACUACGGGAAAAUGUUAAAAGUGUUGGUUGUCGAAAAAUGUUGUGUGUUCAGGUAAAGCUAGGUUCUCACAACAGUUUGGCUUUCAAUAUAUCGGGAAACGUUGGAAAUGGCUUUAAAAAAGUUGGACCAAAGAUUAGGAACAUUCAUAUAGAUAAACAUCCUCAAUUAUGUUUCCCUUCACCCUUCAUUUAAAUAACCACAUAAAUAUAUAAAUAUAAAUAUGUAAAAAGUAAGUUUCAGCCCUUUACUUUACAAAGGAGAAGCGUUACUUGCCUUUCAAAAUUCCCAAGCAUCAUUUAAUAGAGGUUGUGUCAGCUUGGCGACUGGCCAGUGUACACCUUAUAAAUUUUAAAAUAUUUUACAUUUCGAUGAAAGUAUAAAUUAUUUGUUUGAGGAUAAAUCGAUAUCAGUGAGAUUAAAUUAU